CUCGGCUAUCCCGCAUCAAAGUGCAGGAAUUGAUACCGAAGGCCAUUGCAGAAAAGGAAGCCGCGGACCAGGCACGCGCUGCACUGGGUGAUCGCCGACAGGAGGUCAACAGGCUGCAAAUAGAACACGAUCGCUUAAAGGCCCUGCUGGACGUAAAGGAGAAGGAAGCCGAACAGCCAGCGGCAGCAGCAUCGAGUCCUGCAGAAACGGGAAUGUCGUCGAGGGGCGGUGUAGCCUCCACCAGCAGCAGCGCGUGUGGCCAAGCACCACAGUCUGGAGUGAAGGGAGCGCCGCGUGCCAAGGACCGUGUUGGGUACGGGAAAUUCAAAGGGAAAACGUACGAACAGGUCUACAACAGUGAAGAGGGCCAGAAGUACAUAAGAACGUAUUGCAGGACGCGGAAAGACCCAUGCGAGGGAAUACAGAAGCUUCUCGACUACGCUAACCUCAUGGAUCAAGCUGCGGGACUGGCAGGCGGCUCGGCAAAGGCCAAGGCAAAAGCGAAAAGUCAGGUCAAGAGGAUUGCGAUUGCGCAGCCCCGGGCAAGCACGAUGCAAGCAGCUGCAGACGCGCAGUUAGGAGCACUGCGCUCGCAAGUCGCGAAAAUCCAUGGCGAGUUGGAGGGGGCCAUACGCAUACAGGACGAAGCUGAGAGUUUGGCGAAGCUUCACGCGAAGAUGGAGACGAAGCAACGUUUGGAGAAGCUGAAGAGGGAACUCGUAGACAUGCGAAAUGCGGUAAUUUGCACUGCGAACCUGGAGGAAGCUCGGAGGCGACUGGCCCGAGAGGGACUCAACGCUAGUCAGUUCCACGCGGUGAUGAAUGUCAUUAGUACUGGAGGCGUCUUCACGGUGCAGGGACCGCCUGGCACAGGUAAAACGCGGAUGGUCGCGACAUUGGCCCGCGCAUUGCUGGAGUGGGCGCCCUUGACUCGUAACCCCGGAUUGCCGGUGUGUCUGUCAGAGGCACAGUAUGAAGAACAAGAGCUGGCAGUCACGUGGUCAGCGGAGCAGUGGGUAGAGAAGUAUAACGAGGGACAAGCAAAGGGCGCACUCACGUUAUCAGAUGUGGACCCGUGGGCAGAGGAUCCGUGGGCAGACGCGCCACGAGGUGUCUCGUCCGCAAAAGCACCGAGCCCUGGCACAACGACCAGCAGCGAUCCUCUGGAGUUUCAAGCUUGGGAGCAGCCGAACGACUUGCGGAUCCAUGCGGAGUGGCUUGGCAUCGGCGGUAGAGUCGGGAGCUUGGUUCCUCGCCGGGUCAUAUUGACUGCAGCCUCGAAUAAAGCUGUCUUCAAUAUGAUGGAGAAGAUUGUGGGCCACCUGGAGGAGCAUGUGGCUUCGUCUGCUGUCUAUCAAAGUCGACCCCUCGCGUUCGACGACGAAGACAACCGGAUGAGCAGCUGCAUCAGCGAGGAAGGAAUUGUCUGCGGCAUUACUUUUCAAGGCGUGGAGGAAAAGGUGCCACCGGGCCUGCUUCCAUUUUUUCUGCAUACGCGUUACCGCGACAUCUUCGAGGUGGAGCAUGUAAGCGACGAAGCUGUAAAAAGACUGAUAGCAGACGCGCCCAACUUCUGCAGCGCUUCUAAGCUCAACGUGAAAACGCUCAAGGAAUGGCGGGAGGCGCAGCGCAAAUUUCACCAACAAGAAUUGGAAUUGUGGAAAGAAGCGGCGAGAGAAGGCGGCAAGAAGGGCAAGCAGCAAAAGAAAAAAACUUUGUCGUUUGGGGGCCACCUUGCACAGGUCCUUGGAUUACAGGGAAAACAGCUGGGGAAGAAAGACGAUCUUGAAUCCGAAAUACUUCGCAAUGCGCGUUUUAUCUUCUCGACGCUGACGUGCCUCGGACGCGGAGCGUUACUGAAAGCGCUUGCCCCACCCGGGCGCGGUACCAGGAGGGAAGAAGACCCUGAUCAAGAUUUGCGCUCCAGUUUUCAGCGCCAAUUUUUUACACACUGCAACCCAGCCGACUUUGCAGACGCGAAGCGCGACGACACGGCGACCAGCGGGUCUAUUGCUGGGUUUAAAUUCGAGGAUGCGGCGCUUUCAGAUCAAGAGUCGGG